AUGCUCCCGCUCGAUAACCAGACUGGGCCAUUCAACUUUCAGAUCACCGUUCCGGCUGGCUUCUUUCCACUGGGCCAUUGGCAUGCGGAUGUUUUGUUCCUGUCUUGUCUCGUCGAACCCCUUUUCCAAUUCUGCCUUGAUAGGCCUUGGUCGUUGCGUUUACGAGAACGUCAAAGGCCUCGUGCCUCUCGCCUCCUAGCGAAUCCCGUCGUCACACCUUCUGCCGGUCUCGCCUCCCGGCCACCCCGUAUUUUUACAGAGGCGACGACAACAAAUCGCAGCAGCUCAUUGUGGAGAUGCUGCGCGUCAUCCGCUCGCGCGCGCACAUGCUACUACAUUGCAAUUUGA